UCCCGACUUCCUGCUCCGCGCUCGGAGUCUGAGUAUAACAAAUUCCAGGUGUAUGUGUGUGUCAAGCUCAGCAUUGCAGCAAGAUCGGCCAGGCUGUUAAGAGUACUCGGAGAAACACGUUGUUCCCGACUUAUUCCGUACUGAGGGAGGGAAGUCAGGAAGUUUCGUUCUCGGUUGAGAUAUGUGAACGUCGAGAGGUGUACAGCUCUUCUUACAGGACGCAUGGAUUAGUGUUAUAUUGUGCUGCGUGUAGUUUAGGGAAAACACCUCUCUGCCGGAUUAUCUCCUCAAAGAUCCGUCUAUGUUCCAGAGAGUUCUAAUUAUUCUACGACAAUACACUUUUACUAAAAAGUCAGAACUCCAGAGUUAUACGAAUAAACUGGCGCCAUAGAAGAUUUCUCUGACCAAAGUCGAUCAUGUUCCUAACCGGAUGUACUUGUCUGCUUGUGCUACAGGUUGCGCUGUCCUCAGCAGUUAUAGUAAACUUGGAUGCUGUAGCGACUCCAGGAGCUCAUGAUGUCUGUAACGAGAUCAUCUACCUCUCAAAGGACAACUCGUCCCAGGUAGAAGCCACCGAACGUGUCUCCCAUGGCUACUGUGACGUCACAUUCCGGACACUCUCCGACGCCAAGAACCAUUGCAACCGUCUGUGCUUUAUUCCUAAAAGUGACGCAUGCGAAAAACACAUUGACCUCAGUAUUGUUGUCUUUUCUUUGGAGAACAAGAAUAAUGUGAAGAUAUACGGUUGUCAGGACUUUCCGGGCAAGAAAUGGUGUGUGAGUUCCACGUCUAUGAAGGUCGCUGUACUGGAGCAUAUGAGAGGCGUGGCCUCAAAGCCAGCCGACCAGAUCUACAAGUUCACUGCCGACGUGAAGGCGGAGUGCACGAAGAUCAAGGAUGUCUUCUCUAAGGACUGGGUGACCACUAAUGAGACGAAGCGUUACCGGGCCAAGGUGGAGGGCAUCGUUGUUGGCUGCUGCCUCGCUCUUAUCUUCCUAGUGGUUCUCGUUGUUAUGGUAUUUUACUACAAAUCCAAACCCAACCAGAACCCCCUUGACGACAAUACGGUCAAGGUCAAAGUUUCCGCUUUCACCGGUAUCCGGGAGACGUUGAAGGUCGGCAAACGGAAACGGAAACCAUCAAAACGUCACUCCCGUCCACCGUCCCGACAGCCAUCAGUCAUGUCACAUCGUUCGGGCAUUUCCGCCAGUUACGAAGCUGCCCGAAGAAUGUCGGAACCAAGAACGGAACUGACGCCACCGGAAUUGAUGCUAAUUCCGAACGGAAGUGAAGUGACUGGUUCCACAUCCACACUUCCGGUGGAGUCAGAAACGAGGCCCCUGUGUGCAGACAUCCCUUAGACAACUUUCUGGUGUGAUAAACGUUCACUUGUAAAACGAAGCGUCCGGGUCCUCCAGCGAAGAUGGUUACAUGUACAUUGUGAAUAGCCUACAGUGAGAGGAUGACGUGAAAAUAUCUCGACAGAAAUAUGUCAUCUAAAAAUUAAAGAGAUCGACGGCAAAAGGGAGGUCAACCAUGUUUAACAUGAGACAAGAAAGAUAACUCCUAUAACAUCAGCGUAUAUUGAAGGGGAGAUUAUCAAAACUUUUUUAUUCUAUGCAUGGAAUGAAGCUCAAACAUACGGAAACUUAAACCCUAGCAAGAAAACGAAAGAUGUUUUUUCCCAUUUUAUAAGCACAUCUUUAUUAAAAGUUUUUUUAUGAGUGUGACAGAAUGUAUUGUUUGAUGCUGAAAAAGUAUGUGGUUGAGUUAAGAGGAAUUUUGCAGAGUGAGUGCGUUUACCUUUGUUUUGUUUUUUGUUUUGAAUACUUAAAAAUUGCACAUGAGUGAAUUUUACUAAGCUGUUAAAGUGUGAGGCUAGUCGGAUGCACAUAACAGCAUUGGGAUCCAUAAUCACAAUUCAUCGUGAGAACGUAAGCAGACAAUCCUGAAAUUGAUUAAAACGCUUCACUACAAAAUGAAACAAAAAGCUUGGUCCAAUUUUUGCGACGGCGAACCAAAAAUGAGAAUUUUACAUACAAACGAAAAGAAUUUCAAGAGUUACCUCGUGAAAAUGAUAACAAAAUGUUAGGGUUUGUUUUACAUGUACCAAUGGUGUACUUACAUGUGCAAGUGUGAUGAUGAAACACACACAAAGUGUGAAAUAUUUGAAAUGCUAUCUC